AUAUUAACUUACAAACUCUAUCGGACAUUCUACAGCGUAUUAAUAUUGUUGUCAUCAUAAAGGGUGAUAAUUAUGGCGGCUGAACUCAAAAGCAAAUUUGAAGGAAAAUGGGUCCACGAUAGAUCCGAAAACCUAGGAGCUUUCUUAGAAAAAGCAGGUGUCGGUAUGAUCAAAAGAAAUCUUGUUCAGCAACUGAGUCCAACUAUGGUUAUCAGUGUGGAAGGCGAGACUAUAACUGUGUCUAUUACAGCUGGUCCUAAAACAAACAAAAGCUCCUUUAAACUCGGAGAAGACUAUGCCGUAGAAGGGGAACAAAAAGGAACGGCAACUACAACUUAUGAGGGAGGAAAAAUGAAAACAGUUAUUAAACCGAAUGAUUCAAAACUUACAGGACACACUAUAUUGCGAGAUAUAUGUCCUAAAGGACAGCUAGUUCAGACAAUGGAGACGGGUGGAGUUACAGCUACACGGUACUUUAAUAAAGCAUAAGAAAAGUGGACAUGAAAACUUCACUAAAGAUGCUAACAGCCACACCGUUAUUUCCUCGUCUUUGUAGUGUGGAAGGGUUCGAGCGCUAACUAUUGUCACAGUAUUUUGUCUUGACAACACGAAAACUUACAAUGGUUAGACAAUAGUGACGUCACGAAUUUAUAACCAUGUGCCCGGUAUCUCUGGUUCCAAAGUUUUGGCGAUCCACGAAACAGGAAAUGACUACAGCUCGACAAUGGUUAGUGCCCGAACCCAGCCACGAAAGUUCUAACCAGCAUGUACAUAUUUCUAUGCAUAUGUUGCAAAAUUCUUUUUGCCUUUCGACGCUACAUGAAAAUUAACACUGUUAGACUCAAAAUAUUCUCCUCGAUAUGUGUACAUGUAGUUAUUUUACAAAAAUUGAUUUAGACACUUAAAAGUCCAAUCACCAAUUCUUUCAAAACUUAAAAAAGCAAACUUUUACAUAGGACUUGACAUUAGUCAUUUGACUAUUUAUUGUGUAAUAAAUUUUGUAUUUAAAAGUUA